AUGCCCCAUCGGGAGAGAAUCCGCCAUUUUGGCGGCUACGGAAAGAAUGCCUACACCUACUACCCCGUCGUUAUCGUCGGGGCCGGGGAGUCCGGCAUCGCCAUGGGCGCACGUCUCAAAGAAGUACUUGGGUUUGACCAAUUCCGCAUCUUCGAACGGCAGGCCGGCAUAGGUGGGACGUGGUGGAUCAACCAAUAUCCAGGCGUGGCUUGCGAUGUACCUGCCGUCUUCUACAGCUUCUCCUUUGCGCCGAACCCGCGCUGGACCUCGUUCUUCCCGCCUGGCCAUGAGAUUGUUAAGUAUCUCGAGGGAGUAUGUGGGAAGUAUGAAAUCACGGACAAGGUCCAAUGUAACACAGACGUCGAAGGUUGCCGUUGGCUUGAGAACGAGCAGUUGUGGGAAGUCACCCUCCGCCACCUUGUCGCUGGUGCGGGUGACCUCAGUGCAAAGGAUCGCCAGCGCAAGAUUGCGGAGGAGGGCGAGAAAAGUGUGAUCAGCUCAAAAGAGGUCGUCAGGGCCAAGGUUGUCGUCUCGGCUGUCGGCGGCUUGGUAGAGCCCAGAGGCUGGCCCGAUGAGAUUAUCGGGAAAGCUGACUUCAAAGGGCCUAUCUUCCAUUCUGCCCGGUGGGACCACAGCGUGGAUAUGACCAACAAGGAUGUUGUUGUGGUAGGGACUGGCUGUUCUGCUGCGCAGUUUGUGCCUAGACUCACAAAGGCUCCUUACAACGCCAAAUCUGUCACACAGCUCAUGCGAUCUCCUCCAUGGGUGGUCCCAAGGAUGCAGCCGCCAGGCGGUGACCAGUGGUGGGAGAGAUGGGGUCCGACUCUCAUGAGCAACAUCCCGGGGCUGUUGAAGCUUUUCAGGACCCUGCUAUUCGCAGCAAUGGAAUACGACUUCCGCCUGUUCGGUGGAAGCGAAUAUCAUGAGAAAGAGCGCAAGAAGACGGAGGCUGCACUCAUGGCUCACUUGAAGAAAACAGUGCCGGAAAAGUAUCACGAGAUGUUGACCCCUGACUACGGUGUUGGAUGCAAGAGGAGGAUCUUCGAUGCGACUUGGUUCCCUAGCCUGAACGACCCGAAGAUCGAGCUCACGACGCAGCCGCUAACCAGGGUCGGGGAGACCAGUGUGACACUUGGGCCAGGCCGAACGUAUCCCAAUCCGCUGAAAGGAAAUUCCUCGGUACCGACAGACGAGAAGGAGGUCCCUGCAGAUGUUAUCGUGCUGGCAUCCGGGUUCGACACUUCGAAAUGGCUACACCCACUCAAGGUUGUUGGGGCACAUGGAAAGGACCUUGUCGAAACCAUGGAUGAGCGCGGUGGUGCGCAGGCAUAUCAAGGAACUGCCAUGGAUUCAUUUCCCAACUUCUUCAUCAUUUUCGGACCCAACACAGCAACGGGCCAUUCCUCCGUCAUCCUGGCUACUGAGAACAUGGUGAACUACAGCCUGAAAUUUAUCAAGCUGAUCCUGGCGGGUGAUGUCACUACAGUCGACGUCAAGCAGGAAGCGGAGCAGGCAUAUACGCGGGAAAUUCAACAGAGUUUGAAGGGUACCGUCUGGAUGAGUGGGGGGUGCCAGAGCUGGUACUUUACCAAGGACGGUUGGAACUCUACUGUCUAUCCAUACACGCAAAUCGACUUCACACGUAGGUGCAUGUUCCCUAAGUGGGAAGAUUGGAACGUCAAAUACACGCCGCAAGGGCUAUUGAAGCAGCGCAUACGCCGUGGUGCAGGCAUUCUUGCAUUCGUCGCGGCGCUCGUGGGCGCAUAUAGAGCAAGACAGAAAGGAUUGGGCGUAAGAGAUAUCACGGCAAUGGUUAGACAGAUACUGCACAGUGCCAUGGGCACGGGUAGGGCGGUGCUACAGCGGGCGGCGGAGAGCAUAUCGUGA